AUGGUUUGUGGGAUCGACCUCAAGCCCGAACAUCUUACCACAGUCCUUGGAAGAGACGCCGUCCAACGAUUCGGAAUGAUCACACACAUGGCUUCGCAGGUUGCCGAAGAAAAAAACAGUGCGUCUCAUUUGUUGCAAGACGAAGAUUUGUUUGAUGGCAAAUCGACCACCCUCUCACAAGAUCCAUUAGGAGACAAAUUGAAGGAACCACGUGCAAGUGAAGAAGAUACUAAACAAGAUCUUCAGAAGGAAGAUAUUUCUAGCAAAGAAACUUUUCCCGAGGCUUCAGCUUCAGCUACAUUAAGAAAAACUCUUCACUCUCCGCUCGAAACUCCACUGACAAUAGAAAAAGGCUCUCAGGAGAAUCUGCGCGAUGGAAAGUUGACCUCCCCCUCAUCAGGUCCAUCAGAGACUCAGUGGACGCAAUCAGCUACUGCUGGGAAAGAUACCAAUCGAUUUUUCCAGAAGGAUCAUGUUUUUACCGAAAAUCCUUUUCCAAAGGCUGCAUUCUCCACUGCAUUAACUCAGUCCGAGAUUCUAGAUACGGUGCCAAAAUUUCCUCAAUCCAGUGAUGAUUUCUCGAAUGAGACUGGCCAAGCUCCCCAGCUCUCAAGUGCAACACAAAAUCUAUCGGAGUUAUCAUCUUUGGAAAUUACAUGGAAAAAGGUAAAGGGGACGGCUCUUUUGGCUAAAAGUACAACGCCUUUCAAGUAUUUAGCUGAAAUGCCACAAAAGGAAAUAAAUAGUCUUCGAUCUGGUCGUGAUUCACUCCAGCAAAGUAUUAGUCAAACUCACCAGCAUUCAAGUAAAACAGAAAAACUAGCAAAGCCACUACUAUUGAAAACUUUAAGAGAGAAUGCCAACUGGAUCGAGACCUCGGCUCACUUUGGUGAGACUGGACCAAUAGAUAAGCCUGAUGGAUCAAAAGAUCUGUUAAAGCAUAAAUCAAUAAAAACGACCAAGCGGAAUUCACAGAAAAAUCCUAGUUCUACUCAAUCAAAUUCUUCCAUCGCAUCAAAAGACUUAGAUGAUCCUCAAUCCAAUUCUGUCAGGGAUUCCUCCAAGGAACGUGUUGGUCAAAUUUACCAAGAUUCAAGUGAAAAAGUACUAAAACCAAUGGAAGAUCUGGAUGAGAAUGCCAAGAAUAUUUUCCCUGUCACUUACAACACUGAAACCAAUCAACGAACAAGACCUGAUAGACCAAAAGAUAAGUUGAAGCAAGAUUCCGCAAGAUUCAAGCAUGGCUCCAAAUAUCUGCAGAAGAAUGAUAGAUCUACUCAACCUAAUUCUCUAAGUGCUUCAAGAACCUCAAAAGACCCGUUGAAAUCAACAUUCACAGCUAUAGAAUCGGAAACUCGAAGCCUGUUCUCACAUAGAAAAUCAUUUCUGGAGACUAGUCGGAGACAGAACAAACGGGAUGUUUCUUUCAAGUGA